CCUAUCUUCAGUUAUUACUUCUUCUAAAACCCUCCAAAGCCAAGAAAGCCUGCUUCUUCAAACAGUUUUCAAUGGCCACCUAACACAUCUUUCUCUCCUUCUGUCUCCCUUACUCUCUGCCAAACAACGAAAUGUCGGCUUUAAGAUCCUUACUCUUCGGCACCUCCGUCUUCCGUGCCCAGAAACCGCUCUUUCUUCCUUUUCCUUCUCAGCUUCUCUCCUCCAAGCCUUUUCCCACCCUGGCCCUCCGCUUCCACCGCCACACUUCCUCUGCUGCCGCCCUGGACACUACACUCAACGCCAACAGCACAGAGCUUCUCGAUUCGGCGUCUGAACCUCACCCCUGGCCUGAAUGGGUAACUUUCGUUGACAGAUUAAAGUCCAAGGGUUACUUGGUUGAAGCUACUGCUGCCACUGCCGAUGCUGGCACUGAUUGUAAGGACAUGAAUUUGUUGAAAGAUGCUUGCCUUAGCUUCGCUCGUGACCGUUACGAUCUUUUCAAAUUGUUGUCUACUAAUGAAAUUGAAACAGUCGUGGGGAGUGGAUGUCCUAAUCUUUUUCGAAAAGCUGUGAAUUCAGCUAAAAGGUUGAGAGCCUAUGUUCGACUUGAUGAAGGGGAUGUUUGUAGUACUUGCAAUCUGCGUGGUUCCUGUGAUAGAGCUUAUGUGAUACUAAAGGAAUCAGAAGGUGCUAGUCGUACUGUGGACAUUGUGCGUAUAUUGUUAUCCUAUGCCCUUGAUCCCAUUGUUAUUUCUGGGGGAGAGAAGCCUCCUGGUAGAGAGCAUAUCGAUGUAUCUGCAAGGAAUCUGCUUUCUGACUUGACAAAAUUGAGUGAGACAUCACCUGCUCCUGAACUUCCUAGGCCUGCUGCUAAAGCUUCUCCUCGAAAGGAAAAAACCAUCAGUGGCAAUGAUGAUGAAGUUUUUCAAAAUGUUGAAAUGAAGAGAGGAGAUUGGAUGUGUCCCAAAUGCAAUUUUUUGAACUUUUCGAAAAAUCUGCAAUGCCUAAAAUGUAAAGAAGAUGGCCCCAAAAAUGUUGGUGGUGAUGAAACUGAAAUGAAGAAAGGAGAUUGGAUCUGCCCUGAGUGCAAUUUCAUGAACUUUUCUAGAAACAUACGGUGCUUAAAGUGCAAGGCAGAGGGUCCAAAGAAGGUUGUUACAGAUGAUAUUCAAAUGAAGAAAGGAGAUUGGAACUGCCCAGAGUGUGGAUUUAUGAAUUUUGCUAGCAAUAGGAAGUGUUUACGUUGUCAAGAGGCAAGGCCGAAGAGACAGCUAAAUCCUGGAGAAUGGGAAUGCCCUUCAUGUGAUUUCUUGAAUUACAGAAGGAACAAGGUUUGUCUAAAGUGCAAUCAUGAUCGCCCCAAAGAACAAACAAAAGAGUACAACGAGCACACAUGGAGGAGACCUCUACAGUACAAUUAAGUAACAAGGCCAGAUGCUUGUUACCAGAGAAGAUUGCAAAGUUUCUGCAUGAUCUAAUUGCUCAGAACAUGAAACUGUGAGUAUUUUGAGUAGCAUGCUACUAAGAGGGCCAUGAGUCAAGUGACUGCUCACUGCAUCACGAAUGUCUCAGCCUGUGUCAUUGUUUCCCUGAGCUUUCAAUUAAAGUGAUUUUAGUUCCUAGAAGUAAAUUGAAACGAAGAGUUGUAAACAUGAAGGAUGCCAUAGUUUGUGGUUACAAUGGAAUGUAUAGCAUGCAAAUGUUCUUCACAUUAAUUGAAUAGUCAUGCCUUCCCUAAGGUCUUCAAAGUUUAAUGGAAAUCAUUGUUUAAGUGGAGCA